AUGGAGGUACCGACUUUCUCGCUAAUGCUAAGUUUUAUUGCAGAACUUGAGCUUCCUACGAUUGUGCUGGACCGAGCUGACAUCAGUGGCUAUGACACUGGUGAUGGGGAUGACGGCGCUUUCUGGACUUCCCGGCCCCUGGGUUCGGGCGUCUCCUCUACAGUCUUUCAGUGGACUACUGACCAAAGGACGAAAGACCAGCUUUCCCCAGGCACAGUCGUGGCUAUGAAAUCGUACAGUAUUGAUUUUCAGAGAGACUCAUCGAAACUAGACGAACGGGUAUACGACUCGCUCCGACGAGAGCUGAGCAUACUUCGCCACCCAAUACUCAAAAGUCACGACAACAUUUGCAGGUUACAUUUUAUUGCCUGGGAGGAGUCAAAUCUGUUUCCCCUCCUGGCCCUUGAGUUAGCAACCUAUGGCUCUCUGGAAGACCUGACGAAGUCGUCGCCCUUUGCGCUUUCUGGCAAGCAGUUGAAUAACAUCGCAGUUGACAUUAGUCUGGGUUUGCUGACGUUGCAUGAGUGUAGCAUUGCACAUGGGGACCUCAAGCCAGCUAACAUACUCCUUCAAAAUCACCCUGAACGACAAAUUGUCGCGAAGCUGGCGGAUUUCGGGGGCUCGGCUGUCGUCGAUCUUAGUUCAUCAGCUGUUGCCAGCCCACGGACAGUUACCCCAGAAUGGCUUGCUCCAGAGGCCAUCUGGAUGGAAUCAAUGCCGGAAGUGGACUGGUAUGCGGCAGAUGUGUACUCACUUGGACUUGUUUUGGCGUCGUUCUGGGCUGCAAAUGUCCCAUCACCAACUUCGGGAUGUUUUUUGGAGUCGUUCAUUCCACACGCCUAUUUUUUGCCCGACGAGCAACAGCAAGCCUUUACACGAGAUUACGUUCUGUUUCUAAAGACUAACUUGGAAGAGUCUAAGAGUAAUGCUUUUCUCUUGGCUUUGCGAGCUAUAACGGAUGAAACUUUUACAAAGUUGAAGGAAAAGGAUGCAGUUCAGGACAUCCUGCGACUUUCUCUUCAGCCCUUACCCGUGAAGAGAAAGACAAUCACAGAAUUGGUGGCAGGCCCAGUCUCUGCCCUGGCGACGAUGGCGGGUCGGAGACCAAAUCCCGAGCACGGCGAUCAAUUCUCGACAUUAUCCAUGCUUCAGCGAUACCGUAGGGCAACGUUCAACUCAGAGAAUAUCGAGACCACGGAUUUACAGUCUAGUCAUUCCCUGCCAAUCAAACGGAUCAAUUUCCCUAUCAUGUCAUCUGCUCGUACGGCUCCAAAUUCAUACCCACGGAUGAUACAAGAGGUGGAAAACUUUUACAGGUCGUUGCCUUCGGGCCUACCAGAGUUCCCCGAGGAGUUGGAUGAAAUCGAAGAUGCAGAAUUACUCCUUGCAGCAUUGACAGAUCGUUCCUCUCGAAAAGCUGAAGAAGUCCGCUCCAAUCACCAAUCGCAGAUGAUCUUCAAUUCGCAUAUUGCCCUUCUUAUAUCAUACAACUACCUCUCCGGGGCAGGGGGAGCCUUUGACCUUGAAAAAGGGUUUGAGUGGCUCUGCAAAGCCGCUCGUGGAGGAUUGCCCGCAGCCAUGGAAAUUCUGGGCAUGGCCGGAAGAUGUAUACCGUCUACCGAGCUAGAAGCCCUUCCACUCCGCUACAUGCUUGUGCUAGGAUCUCUUGGCUCAAGCAAGGAAUGUCAGGUAUCUCUCAAGGCUGAAUCGCCCAGACUUUUCAAUGCAGUUUGUCGGAUUGCCGAAGCAAUCAAGGAUUUAAACACAUCUCAAAGCGACCAAGACGGCAUGUACUAUUCAAGCCUAUUAACCCGUAUAGCCACUCACCUUCACACUUCGUCCAAGACUAACGAUGGCACAUUCAAGCCGAAUGAGGAGGCUUUGACGCUGAAUAACUCUAUUUUCCCGUCGUUGACGAUAGUACCGGCAUUCGAAUCGGAUGACACCAAAAACGCACUUUACUUGCUAGUCCAGGCAGUAGCCGACCCAGCCAGGAGGAAGGAACUUCUCGACAAUCCAAGUUGGUCAGCUUCGGACGGCCGUGGCUACCUUCACCUACUUGCGCUACUCGAGGAUGGCGUUGCAGCGCAACUUAUACCCGACCUGGUGAAUAGCGGAGCUCCAAUGUCUGGAACUUUUUCUACCGAUCGAUUUCAACAACGAGAUCCUGUGAUCAAUAUCGUCAUGUCAAGGGGCGACUGGGCACCACUCGAACUUUACGGCGAAGCUAAUAUGCCCGAGUCAUUCAAGAUCCAACUCCAUCUCCACGUAAGCAGGGGCGAGGGAAUUCACGCGCUGUUCUUCAUCAUGAAGCGUUUGGUGCAGACCACCAAAGUGGCGAUGCUGGGUGAAAUCCUUGAACUAUUGACCAAAACCUCUCUUCCGUAUAGGCCUUACGGAUCGUCAGAGACUGUCUGGGUCAAUUUUGACCCGUCAGACCUGACCAUAUUUCUACAAGAGAUAAUCUGCGAAGAGCUUCCCGAAUGUGGCUUCCUUCCCCGUGCUCAAUUACAUCGAUCUGCCGUCAAUAGCAAGAAACGGGAUACGAUUAACCUACUGCUGGAGCACGGAGCGGAUCCAUUUCACAUUACUGAGAAGGAGCCGAAGUGCAUACUUGUCCAAUGCGUUUUGGGUCAUGAUAUUGUCGCUCUACAGACUAUACUUGAAUUUCUAGAGCGGAGCGGUCGAACCCCACUGCAUCACCUUGAAGAUGAUAAGUAUUUUAGAGGACACGAUGCGCUCGGCUAUUGCAUCCUCUCGAGUGCAGGUUCGUGUGUCGACCUGCUCAUGGAGAAAUUUCCGGCCCUAAUGGAAAAGGCGAAUGCAAAGGGGUGGAGGGCGAUCCAUUGCGCUGCAAGUUCGGGUGAUCUUCGCAUAUUUCGAGCGCUGCUCGAGAAAGGUGCUGACCUAAUGGCAGCAACUGAAGCCGGUGCGACAAUCAUCUUGCUGGCACUAUGUUAUGGACAUUGUGACGUAGCCGAUCUCAUCAUGGACAAAUGCGAUCCAGAGCAGAUUGAUGACUUGCUUCUUCGGCCGGCAAAGCAUCGACUUUCGCUCUUUGGGCAAUUAGCCGUAUCGUGGUUACGCAUGCCUGCAGUCACAAUUGAUGCUUUCGGGUGGGUCAGCAAACAGGAUGAGCAAACAUUCUUUAUCGACAAGGAGCAAGAAUACCCCGUUUGGAUGCCGAUCUUAGACGACCCACCUCGGCCGCUCCCAGAGGAUGCUCUUCGCGACUUGCAACUGUUAAAUUAUUUCUUCGAGACCUUUGCCGACAAGCUCAACGAAACAGAUCCUCUCAGCGGAAGAACACCCCUUCAUCUGGCAUGCUUGAAUGUCCAUCUUGAUGCUGUUAAACUCUUGUUAGAGUACGAGGUGGCUAUCGACAAGGGCGUGGCAGAAGGACACGAACUUGGCGGCUGGACUGCGCUGGAUUUCAUCAUGCUUCGCCAGAGGCCUAAUCAUGUGCACCCUAGCAUAUUGAAUGCAGGCCGACGAAGACUAGCAAGGUGGAACGCGGACAUCAAAGCCAUAUAUGACCUUCUCAUUGCUAAUGACGCAAACACUGGCCGUGAGGAUCAAUGGAUAAAAGUGAAAAUACAGUUUGCGAAGUCUCCCGUUGCCGAAAACAUCAACGUUACAGAAGGAGAUGAUCUCAUGUUAAGAGGAGAUGAAGCCCCAGUGGCCUGGCCGGCGCCCAUCCCGCUGGAUGCCGAUGACGCAGAUGCAUCAAGACGAGCAGAGGAUGUCGCCAAGAUGAAGCGGGCGCUUGGAAUGAUGCCUCAGGGCCAGAACGUGCCAAGAACCGGUCUAUAUAUGCGAGAGCAACGCGAUGAGCUGGUGUCACGCAUGGAAUCAAUCCGAGAGGUGCUGGAGCUACGGCGGGAGAGAUGGCCACUGAUUCUCGCUCUCGCUCACCAGGUGGCAGACCAACAGGAGGACUCUGACCCUAACGAAACAGAUGUGUUGGAAGAGAUAAUCCGGCGGAUGAAUGUCGUGUGA